AUGGCUUCGGCAACCACUAAACCCACCCAACGCGGCAUCGUCUCCUACGGCUCCUACAAGACCGGAGGAUGGAAACUCAAAGAGAUCGUCCUCCGACCGCUCAGGGAGAAGGAGCUCCUCGUCGGGAUCGUAGCAUCUGGAAUCUGCCAGACCGACCUGCACUUCGCCGGCGCAGAGAGCGGGUUCGGCGUCCAUUAUCCCCGCAUCAUGGGGCAUGAGGGCGCCGGAUACGUCCGCGAAAUCGGCGCUGGCACGACCAUCGCCCAGGUCGGGGACCCGGUCCUGCUCUCCUUCUCCGCCUGCCGGGCCUGCGAGCCCUGCCGGCGCGGCCACCCGGCGCACUGCACGCACUUCAACGAGAUCAACUUCGAGGUCGAGCCCGACAGCCUCGUGUACAAGGAGCAGACCUCGCCGACGCAGCAGCCGGACAUCUACGGCCGCUUCUUCGGCCAGUCCAGCUUCGCGAGCUGCUCCGUCGUCCGCGAGGACUCCGUCGUGAAUGUCCGCGGCAUGGUCGACUCCCGCGAGGAGCUGCAGCUGCUGUGUCCGCUGGGCUGUGGGAUCCAGACCGGCAGCGGGGCGAUCAUCAAUGCCGCGCAGGCUGGGCCGAGCGACCGCGUCGCGGUGAUGGGGCUCGGCGGCGUGGGGCUCAGUGCGGUUAUGGGGGCGCGGAUUGCAGGCUGCAAGCAGAUCAUCGGCAUCGACCGGCCUGGGUCGCGGUUGGAGUUGGCGAAGGAGCUGGGCGCGACGCAUGUGGUGCCGGUGGAUACGGCGGCGGACCCGCAGGCUGUGACGGACGCGGUCCUACAGGCGACGGGGGGUCUGGGGGUGAACAUCACGCUUGACACGACGGGGGUGCCGAAACUGAUUGCGCAGGGGGUGCGCAUGACGGCGUUCAAGGGCAAGAUUCUACAGGUGGGCACGGCGCCGGAGGAUGGGACGCUGACGAUUCCGAUCCAUGAGUUUAUGGUCUCGGGGAAGCAGUUCAUGGGGGUCGUGGAGGGGGAUGUCAAGCCGAGAGAGUAUGUGCCCAAGAUGGUGCAGUGGGUGAAGGAGGGGCGUCUACCGUUAAAACGAAUUGUGAAGUUCUAUCCGGCUGGGGACUUUGAGCAGGCUAUCAAGGACAUGCAGUCGGGAGAGACGAUCAAGCCUGUGAUUCUGUGGUAA